AUGUCGGCUUCUCCAAACGGCGCAGCAAGGUGGGCGUCAGAUCAAGCCUUUGCCCUUCUUCAAUCUUUUUUCUUCUUCCAAUAUUCUCUUCCUACUCUGGACGGCACGCCCGGCAAUGAUGGUUGGGCUGUUGGGCGCCACGGCGCAGGUUAUACUGCCAAUUUCAAAUAUCGCGAUCGAGGUGAUGAAAACGCCUCGCAGCGAGAAGUAUUUGUACAAAUUGCCCCAUAUGGACUGGGUGGCGGCCAGGGUGAGGAAGAAGGCGGAGCCGUACCAUCCUACAUCGGCGAGGGAGUUGAAUUCGGUUGUUAUUCUGGAACGGUAACGGCACGCUUCGCCCCAGACGGGUAUUCAACUGCGUUCGCAUUUGGCACCGCUUCCCCAGAGGUCCGAACUGAAGGCUGCGUGCAGGCUGAUAAAUUGUGA